AUGGCCAGCCUCCGCCGUCCUCACAGAAAGUCCCGACAAGGAUGUAGGGAAUGUAAGCGCCGAAAGGUAAAGUGCGAUGAGAUACGGCCGUCAUGUUUCAAUUGCACGCGGUAUAGUGUCCAGUGUGUGUAUGGAGUCCAAGACCCGCAGCAGGAAAACGUCUGGUCACCGCCAGCUCAAACUACGGCGUGCAAUGCUCUGGACCGUCCAUCAGCGGAGUCCGAGGCAAGCGCUCACCCUCGUGCUGAAACGAUUUUACCAAACGGCACUGGGAUCCCCUGCUCUGGUGACUCCUGGAAACAAGAUCUCGAGUUGAUGCACCACUACUGCACGGUCACCAGUAACACCAUGGCAUGUCAAGAGUCCGCACGGCAUGUGUGGAGAGUGAUAUUCCCCCAGGAGGGCUAUGUACAUGAAUAUCUCAUGCAUGGAAUUUUAUCGCUCGCUGCGCUGCACAAAGCCUUUCUGAUCCCGAGCCAGCGCGACAUUUAUCUCACGCAGUCUUCCUUCCAUCAUUCCAUUGGUCAAAAGACCUUCACUGCCCUUCUUAACAACGUGACCAGUGCCAACUGGCAACCAAUCUUUUCUUUCGCUACGAUAGUGGUCGCUUACGUUCUGUCGCACUCAAUCCGAGCUAGUGGUGACUCUGAGUCGGAGACAACACCUAUCACAAAGACAUUGGAACUGUUCUCUGUUACCAAGGGAAUCAAGGCUGUUCUGCUGCCAUUUAUACCCCAGCUCAACCAUACGCGUCUGGCACCGCUGGUGACCAGUGUUUGGCUGGCUCCAGUCGAUCCUGUUACAGAUUCGUGGGUCUGGCCACGAGACACACGGGCUGCAGAAGCUGACUUGACGCCUAGGAAACCAUCUCUCGAGUACUCGAUGCUGCCAGACGACGUAUUCUUCGCACUCUCGUGUCUCCGCCGCUAUCUAUCUGAAGCAGAGAGCCCUGAAAUCAAGGUUGAUUACGACAAAGCGGUCACUAUACUAGAAGUAUCGGCUAUACAAAUAGCUUACGCCGACGUGAAUGUUGAGGUCGGCGCUAUUCUUCUCUGGCCUUUCUUUCUCCCGGACACUGUGAUUGCCGAUAUCAGACAGCGGAAGCCCUGCGGCUUGGUGAUACUGGCGUAUUACGCAGUGUUUGUAAACACAUUGGAUAGAAUCUACUGGUUCUUGAGAGGUUGGGGCCAAGAAUUGCUGAAGGACAUUGAGAAUGAAAUUGGUGGCCAGGAACAGUCUAGAGAGAUGUUAAUGUGGCCACGAAGGCAUAUUGGGGGCAAAUAG